AUGUCCGCCAAAACUCUCUUCUUCGCUGCUGCCGCCGCUGUAGGUGUUGCCGUUGUAAAUGGUCAAGCUGCUCCUAAUUGGCAAUACAUCCCAUCUGCUUGUCAAGAUUCAUGUUCUUCCACCAUCGAAUCUGCCUACCUUUGUGAGACCACCUACUCAAGCUCUACUGAAGUCUACGGUUGUUUCUGUCACAACUACCCCACCGACGUCGACUCCUGUUCGUCAUGUCUGAGCUCUAACGACGCCUCCGCUCUCGCUUCUCUUCUCACUUCCACCCAAACUGCUUGUCCUACCGCUAUUCAAGAAUGUUUCUUCCAAUGUUCAUUCGACACUUGUGCUUCCUCUGAUAUCUCUUGUCAAUGUGACGCUACUUACCUUGCCAACAUCUACAACUGUGCAUCAUGUAACACCGCCAACGGCAACACCGCUGCUACACAAGUAUCUGAUUUCGAAUCUCUUCAAGAAUCAUGUAAGAACCAGAACUACACCGGUGCCGAUCAAUCAUUCACCACUGAAGCUCUUCCCGCCAUCACCACUGAUGGAUACGCUGCUCCUACUUUGACCGCUACCGGAGGAGGUGCCGCCGCCACCGGUGAAGCCUCAGAUCUCGCAGGUGGAGAUUCUUCUGUCGCUUCCGAUGCUUCCGGUACCACUGCUGCUACUUCCGCCGCCGUCACCUCUGCUGCUGGCGGUUCCUCAACCACUUCUAAAGCCGCCAGUGCCGCUGCUACCGGCUCAGCUUCCAAGGCAAGCACCACCGCUUCCAAAUCUGCCAGUGGUUCCGCCUCUGCCGCCUCCGCCUCCUCAUCUGGAUCUUCGUCCGGUGCCCUUAACGUCGCUGCACCCGCUUUCGGUGGUGUAGUAGCUUUGGUCGGUGCUGUCGUUGCUCUUUUCUAA